UUAGUAUGGAUUUCAAUGGUCAUGCUGUGCCUCCCUCGAUUCCUGAAGAUGGAGAGGCUAUGGAUCUACCUUAUGGACAGACGAUUGACGUCCACAGAGGACCCCUUAACAGGGAUGGAAGCGACGCUGAGGUGCCUGUCUCCAAAUCUCAGAGACGCAAGAGUGAUGUCAAAGUCUACAAGGAGUUCUGUGACUUCUAUGCCCGCUUCAACAUGGCCAAUGCCCUGGCCAAUGCCAUGUGUGAGUGCUGCAAGAGUGGCUUUGCUCCAGCUGAGAAGAUCGUCAACAGCAACGGGGAGCUGCACCAUGAGCAGUGUUUUGUCUGUGCCCAGUGCUUCCAGCAGUUCCCAGAGGGACUCUUCUAUGAGUUUGAGGGCAGGAAGUACUGUGAGCAUGACUUCCAGAUGUUGUUUGCUCCCUGCUGCCACCAAUGUGGUGAGUUCAUAAUUGGCCGUGUUAUCAAGGCCAUGAACAACAGCUGGCACCCUGACUGUUUCUGCUGUGACAUCUGCCAAGCUGUUUUGGCCGACGUGGGAUUUGUUAAGAAUGCAGACAGGCACCUGUGCCGUCCUUGCCAUAACCAAGAGAAAGCACGUGGCUUAGGCAAGUACAUCUGUCAGAAGUGUCAUGCAAUCAUUGAAGAGCAACCUCUUCUGUUUAAGAAUGACCCCUACCACCCCGACCACUUCAACUGCAACAACUGCGGUAAAGAACUGACAGUUGAUGCCAGGGAGCUAAAGGGGGAGCUCUACUGUCUGCCCUGCCAUGACAAGAUGGGUGUCCCAAUCUGUGGGGCCUGCCGGAGACCCAUAGAGGGCCGUGUGGUCAAUGCCAUGGGCAAACAGUGGCAUGUGGAGCAUUUUGUGUGCACAAAGUGUGAGAAACCCUUUCUUGGACACCGUCAUUAUGAGCGCAAGGGCCUGGCAUACUGUGAGACCCACUACAACCAGCUGUUUGGAGAUGUCUGCUACCAUUGCAACUGUGUUAUUGAAGGCGAUGUUGUGUCAGCCCUAAACAAGGCCUGGUGUGUCAGCUGUUUCUCCUGCUCCACAUGCAACACCAAGCUCACCCUCAAAAACAAGUUUGGGGAGUUUGACAUGAAGCCAGUGUGCAAGAAGUGCUACGAGAGGUUCCCUCUGGAGCUGAAGAAGAGGCUGAAGAAGCUGUCUGAAGCUGCUGCUCGCAAGUAAAGAGACAGCUAGUGGAUGCUGUGAUCUGUUCACUUAGACAUGCUGAAAAGGACUUUGAAAGGCUGCUUUAGUAGAAUUCACAAUCAUGGGGGGAAGGGGGCAUGUUUGUAUUUCAUGGGUAAUGUGGGUGUGUUAUUA